ACUCGCUAUCUUUUCCCUGCUUAAAAAUAGCACUAAUCAAAAUUGGCAUCAUUCUGAAACCGACCACCAAUUUUGACCGUCAAAAAAGGCUUCAAUCAAUAUCCAACGGUUCACAUAAAUCUUAUCCAAACCCAAAACCCUCAGAUUCACUCCACGUGUCCCUCUCUCACACUCGCUAUCAAAAAUGUUGGCGACGCACGCGCCACCCUCACUCAUAAACCCACUCCAGCUCUUUCGCUCUCACUCUCUAUUCUCUCGCGCCAUUUCGCCAUUUUCAGCCACAAGAUCUCUCUUCGUCCGAACGGUGGCUUCAAUGGCCGGAGUGAACUCCUCGCCGGACCACGUCGUCGGAACCUGGUACUCGGUGCCGGAGCUCCGGCUCCGAAACCAUCGAUUCGUUGUCCCUCUCGAUUACUCCCUCGAACCUCGCUCUUCUCCUAAGAUCUCCGUUUUCGCUCGCGAAGUCGUUGCCGUUGGGAAAGAAGAUCAACUGCUGCCAUACCUACUAUUCCUACAAGGUGGACCUGGGUUUGAGUGCCCUAGACCAACAGAAGCUAGUGGAUGGAUACACAAAGCUUGUGAAGAAUUUCGUCUCAUAUUGAUGGAUCAGCGAGGAACAGGGUUAUCGACUCCUUUGACGGCAUCAUCUAUGUCACAAUUUAAGUCUGCAGAGGAUUUGGUUGACUACUUAAAACAUUUUCGAGCUGACAAUAUAGUAAAUGAUGCCGAGUUUAUGCGAGUACGUCUUGUUCCUGAUGCUGGACCUUGGACAAUUUUGGGUCAGAGUUAUGGUGGAUUUUGUGCAGUAACCUAUUUGAGUUUUGCACCACAAGGACUGAGACAAGUCCUUCUAACUGGUGGAACCCCUCCAAUUGGAAAUGGAUGCACUGCAGAUACCGUGUAUAGAGUAUGCUCUGAACAGAUUAUACUCCAAAAUGAAAAGUACUACAAGAGGUAUCCUCAAGACAUUGAAAUUGUUAGAGAAGUUGUUAAUUAUUUAGCAGCGUCUGAGGGAGGUGGGGUGCUUCUUCCAUCUGGGGGCAUCUUAACCCCAUGGGGACUUCAAACUCUUGGCCUUUCUUGUUUAGGAUCUUCUGCUGGUUUUGAGCGGUUACACUAUAUGUUUGAGGGGGUUUGGGAUCCUGUACUAGUUCCGGGAGCACCAAAGCAAAUCAGUUACUACUUUUUGAAUGCUUUUGAAAGUUCAAUAGCUUUUGAUACAAACCCACUCUAUGCGAUUCUGCACGAGUCAAUCUACUGUCAGGGUGCUUCAUCAAGUUGGUCUGCUCACAGAAUAAGGAGUGAAGAUGAGGGAAAAUUUGAUGCAAUCAAAGCUGCCAAAGAAGGUCGCCCCGUAAUUUUCAUGGGAGAGAAUAAGAACCAACAAUUGAAGAUGUGUGGUGACUAAUGAAGGAGUCAGUAGAUAAGGAUUUUGAUGAGGUGCCGUUGGGCGAGGAAGGUGGCAGACUCAAUGAUGUUGCAACUGAACGAGGAGGCAAUUGAGGUUCUGCCUGAGAAAUGGUCAUGUUGGGAUUUGGGAUUUGACUAACCCUGUAAGUCCCCAGUGAAUUGGGUUACCCUCUUAAGUGAUAGCACUGAAUUUCUCUCCAAAUUGCUAGUAGAUUUCGAAUGUUUCUUGUUUUGCUUCUGCCAAAUACAUCAGUUGCUCAAUUUGUUUCUCAAAGGGUUGCUUUUUAGGGUCUGGGCAUAAAAACCAAUUAAAUCUUUGAUGAAUUUUUUAUUGCCAAAGUGCAAAUGAUUUGAAUUUGUGGCAUUAGGCAAUUGUCUUGAUUGUAUUUUGUACCUAUAAUGGAAUCAGUCAAUCUUCUGUAUUUUUCAAAUUUUAAUUUGGACAAUUUGAAUUCAAAUUUAACAUUUCUUCUUCUUAUUCUUCUUUAAAUCUAUUCUUUCCUCAAAAUUUAUUUAUUGUUUAUGAAAUUUUCACUGAAACAAUGUUUAUUUUAUGUCACAUGCAGCUCAUGUGACAAUGGCACUUGAUUAAUGGAGUUGGGCAGAACUAUGUUGACAAUAACCAACAAGCCUAAACUUGGAAGCAGCAAAAUAUAUUUUAGCUUCAAAACUUUUUUCAAUUUAAGAUUUGAUUGCCCUGAGUCAUGCAAUAUUUUUGCAACUGUAGAGACUAUAACUGGUUUAUGGGUGGACUGACUGUAGUUUAGUAGUAGUUCUGGCCAUGACCAAAUAUAUCGGACAUCUUUCUUUCUCCCUUUUACCCUUUUUAUUUCAUUCAAUACUUAGCAUAAAAUUCUUUUACAAGAAAAGAAUAUGCUUCAAGUACAGAGUACACAAAGAUAAAUUGUUUGUAUGAUGCUUGACCCAUCCUCUAAUAUUAUGAACCACAAGGGCAAUGGGAUUUUUUUUUUUUUUAAAAUUUAAAUCAUGUGUACCUUGUAAGCAUCUGUGGAAUUUUCCCUGAUUCAUAAUAUGGACAUUGUUGUGCACUUAGACUUUGAUCAUGUUAACACUCUGUUGCAUUCAAUACCUAAAUUGUGGGUUUUUAAUAUGGUUGCUACAAAGAGGCACGCUAUUGUAUAGGUGUUCAAUGAUUCGCCCCAGGAGGGGUGGCCCAGUUGGGAGAGAUCCCACAUGCAAGCACAAGGUUCCUUGUUCGAGUUGUGGCAGGUACCGUGUGGGAGGAGGGUUCCUAGCUUGCAUUGCGCCUCUUUUGCUGGCUCUCUUGGGGUGCUAGGGUGAGGUCUGUGACGCCCCGGUCACAGUAGCUAUGACUCAAUCCAACAUUCUCUAGCGGGGGUAGCCCUAUUAGGUCACGCCUUAAGGGGUUAGUCACAAAUGGUCGCCCCCGCCCCUCCUUUUGAUUAUCCAAAAAAAGGUGUUCAAUGAUUCGAGUCAGUAGUAUGGCCUAAGAGUAGAAGCCAAAUUGCUGAAGUUAGUUUCUUUGCAAUUUCUGAAGUUCACUUGGACUUGGUCUUUACCAUGUGUUGCUUGUAGCGUUUGACUAUGAAAUGAAUUCAUAUAUUCUGGAUUUGUUACUUGUGCAGAUGAUAUUUCCAUGGAUGUUUGAUGAGAUUCAUGCGCUGACAAAAUUCAAAGAUGCUGCUCAUA